AUGGAUACAUUGUCGGUCUCGCAACUUUUGCACUUAAAAAUUUCAGCAUGCCAAGACCUUGUUCAUCCAAGAACGGGCAUAUCGGAUUGCCCUCAACGUGCGUAUUUGUGUGAAAAUCCUCUCUACCGACAACUAAUGGCUGAGCAGUGCCCGUUGACGUGCAACAAAUGUACAUCUACCACGCCAGGACCACCGCCACCAGCUCCACCAUGCCAAGACCUUGUCCAUCCAAGAACAGGUGUCUCGGAUUGCCCUCAACGUGCGUAUUUGUGUGAAAAUCCUCUCUACCGCCAACUAAUGGCUGAGCAGUGCCCGUUGACGUGCAACAAAUGUACAUCUACCACGCCAGGAGCACCUCCACCAGCUCCGCCAUGCCAGGACUUUGUCCAUCCAAGAACAGGCGUUUCGGAUUGUCCUCAACGUAAACAUUUAUGCGAAAACCCUACCUACCGCCAACUAAUGGCUGAGCAGUGCCCGUUGACGUGCAAUAAAUGCAAUCCUACUCCCAAUCCUAUCCCGACAGGAGCAACGCCAUCGGCUCCACCAUGUCAGGACUUUGUCCAUCCAAGAACAGGCGUUUCGGAUUGUCCUCAACGUAAACAUUUGUGUGAAAACCCCCUCUACCGCCAACUAAUGGCUGAGCAGUGUCCUUUGACGUGCAACAAAUGCAAUCCUGCAUCUACCACGGCAGCACCAGCGCCAGUGAUUAUCGGCAUGCAAAAACAUAACAAAUGUUUGAAAGGCCUGCCUGAGUUCGGUAAAGUCAUAUCGUAUUAUACUCAACUAAAUAAUUUCUUUCUUUGGGUAAAUAAGAAAUGUUUGAGUCACUCAACCUAUUCGUAUUCAGCACCUCCACCAUGCCAGGACUAUGUCCAUCCAGUAACAGGCGUCUCGGAUUGUCCUCAACGUAAGCAUUUGUGUGAAAAUCCUAUCUACCGCCAAGUAAUGGCUGAACAAUGUCCACUGACGUGCAACAAAUGUAAUGGUGCAACUAAUAAUGUGGGACCAGCAACAACAACCUGCCAAGAUUUUGUCCAUCCCCAAACUGGUAUAUCGGAUUGCCCACAGAGGGUAUCAUUAUGCAAAAAUGCCGUAUAUAUGGACCUUAUGAAAGAGCAAUGUCCUAAAACGUGUGGGUACUGUGUUUAG